AAAAAAUAAUACCAGAACAAUCCAAAAUGUCCGAUCCCACCGCCGAAGCCGUCCCUCCCCCACCAACAACCUCAACCCAAAACCCCGACGCACAAGGCCAAUUCUCCGCCGCCGUGGACGAUCUCCUCGACCAGCUACAACAUAAAUUCGAUGGUGUUUCGAGGGAGAUGUUUGGGAAGUUGGACGAUAUGGCCAGACGGUUGGAUGAGUUAGAGGCUUCGUUUACGGUGGUGGAUGGGACGACUACGUCCGGGGGAGCAGGUGGUGGUGGUGCGUCGCAGACGGGGUCCGUGGUAGAGAGUGCGGUUGGAAGUGGGAGUGGGAGUCCUGAGAAGUGAUUGAGUACUGUUUAUACUGUUUGGUAAUGGGGUUAUGGUGUUAUGGGAUUUGCAUAUUUUGUGUAUACUUGGGGGAGCUCUCAUUUGUUGUCUGUGGAUUAGGGGGUGAUACAUACGGCUGGGUUGUGGUGGUUUGAGGUGGAAUUGAAGAUACCCUUUUACUGAUAAUUAUAUUUACUACAUGCACAUAAGA